CUUACGGCCCAAUUCCUUUUGAAAGCGGUUCCGGUCUUCCAGGAUUUUCCAGCAUUUGGUUAAAAGAAGGGAUUCCCCAAAAUCCAACCUGUAGAUGUUCCGAUUCCUGGGAGGUGCAUCGCCAACCCUGCAACCAAACCUACGGCCUUCACUAUCGCUGGAGCAUUUUUCCUCUCAUAGCCUCGUCGUUCCCUUGCUCUUUCCUCUUCUCCCCUGCGUUAUUGAACGUCGGAAAAUAACAUCAAAACCCUUACUCUUAUCAUGUGCCCGCGUUAAGCCUCUUUCUACCGGUCUCUCUGUUUCUCUCAAUGGCGAACUUGAAAACAGAUUCUCCACUCUCUCUUCGCAUCGUUCGUGCCUUCCUCGACUUCCUCAACUCCGUUGAACCCGCACCUGGUGUUGAUCUUGAAGGUCUAGAAGUUGCCAGGGAAUGUUUGACUGAGGUUUUUAAGCUCGAUUCAACAUCUACCAGUGAUUGCAUAAAACCUGGUUUAUUGGUUGACUUAUUUCGUUCACUGGAGGUAAAUGAGGAUCAAAACAUCAAAUCAAAUUUGAGUCAUGGAGCUGCUCCAGUAGAUGCUUCUAGUUCAUCCCAUGUCCAGAACAGUGCUGUUGAUGCUCAUCGCGUAGAAGCUUCUAGGACUCUGGGUGACGAUUGGACAGAACCAUCUUAUGCAACGGGGAUUUCCAAAGAUGAACUCUUUGGGCAAUUCUUUGCUGCCCUUGAGAAAAUUCACUUUUUUAAGAGCACGCUUGAUGGGAACGAUGAUCCAGUUCAACUGGAUAAAGCAACACGUUUAUUUCAUGAUGCUCUAAAUGAGAUGGAAAAAGCUGGAUGCCAAUCAUAUAACCGGAACAGUCUGGCAGAAACAUUCAAGUCGCAAGGUAACAUGGCCAUGCAGUCAAAGAUGUACUCUAAUGCAAUUGAGUUGUAUUCAUGUGCCAUUUCACUGUCUGAAAAUAAUUCCAUUUAUUACUGUAACAGGGCUGCUGCUUUUACUCAGAUCCACAAAUAUGCUGAAGCAAUCAGAGACUGCCUUAAAUCCAUUGAGAUUGACCCAAAUUACAGUAAGGCAUACAGUCGUCUUGGACUGGCGUAUUAUGCACAAGGAAACUACAGGGAUGCUAUUGAUAAAGGAUUUAGCAAAGCUUUGCAACUGGAUCCCCACAAUGAAUCAGUCAAAGAAAAUAUUCAGGUAGCUGCACAGAAAUUGAAAGAAAAGCAGCAACGGACUGGACGGGAUCAGAAUACAAAUUUGUCCACUCGUGAUGGUCAAGAAUUUAAUAGCCAGUUUCCUCCAUUUCCAUCAAUGCCAUUCAACACUAAUGCCAUUCCUGUCAAUUUUACAAACAUUUUAAGAGACAUGGCUGCACAAGUCUACCCAGGCGGGCACCCUCAAGACAGGCAAGGAGAAGAUCGGAAUUCUAAUGAAGCUGAUGAACCAGAAAUAAGUCUAGGUGGAAACAUUAAUUUAAAUCUCGGAGAAAAUAUACCUGAAGAACUCAGAGGAGCUUUGAGAUCAAUGAUGGAAAUGGUCUCUGGGGCAGCCCCUGCGCCUGCAUCCCACGGAAACCCUCAAGAUACAAAUACAACUAAUGGAAGAUCAACAAACUGAAAUUGUUGUUACAAUCUUGUAUCAUGAUCUUUCUUUUAAGAUAUAUAUAUUUUUUAAACAUUUUUAUAGAGUUUUACAGUUAUAUUUGUUAAAUGUUGAGAGGAGUUUUUUCUUGUAACGGCAAGACUUGGCCAAUUAUGUACACAUUGUAGAAUAUGAAACGCGAGUGGUUCUAUUGUGCUUCUUUUUCCCA